AUGGCAGUAGAGUUUGCGUUUGCAAAUUCUAAGGAUUAUGAUACACUUCUAAAUGAAAUCCAAGAUAUAAAAUUCCUAGGCCUCUCUGGGAAUUUCAAUUUGAGUGAAGGACAACUCGAACCCUUAGAGCUUAAAGUAUUUAAUGUGGUAGGACUCAAAGAGAGGGUCAUUGGAUGUUGGAGCCCACAGAGAGGACUAUUCCACGACAAACAGUGGAGUUCAAGAGAGAAACUAAUGUGGAAUGGCGGUCUUCAGAUAGAACUCCAGAUGUUUCUGGAAGUGGUCAAAGCUUUACCUUUUCCUCUUGAAUAUGAGUUUCUCCCAUUUCAGAAGAAGAACGAGGAAGCUACGUCCUAUGAAGAGCUUGUUCGCCAAAUUGAGACAAAGACAUAUGAUGCUGUGGUCGGAGACAUAACUAUUACAGCUAGCCGUGCUGAACAUGUUGACUUUACCUUGCCAGAAGCCGGAGUGUCAAUGGUAGUUUCGAUGAAGCACGAUGAGAAACAAAACAUGUGGAUCUUCUUGAAGCCUUUGAGUCCAGGUCUUUGGCUGACCACAGGUGCAGCCUUCUUCCUCACUGGGAUCAUUAUAUGGCUUCACGAACAUCGUACAAACACAGAAUUUGAAGGAUCCCUACAGCAACAACUUGGCAUGAUGUUCUGGUUUUCUUUCUCCACCUUUGUCUUUGCUCACAAGGAAAGAUUAGUGAACAAUUGGUCGCUUUUUGUGCUGAUCUUAUGGGUAUUUGCGUUGCUAAUCAUAACACAAAGUUACACUGCAAGUUUAGGUUCCAUGUUAACUGUACAAAGUUUGCAGCCUAGGUUCAUCGAUGUAAAAGACAUAAAAAAGAAUAAUUACUGUGUGGGACGUCAGAAUGGGUCCUUCGUCAAAAGGCUUCUGAAAAAUCAACUGGGAUUCACGGAGUCAAAGUUGAAGCCAUACGAGACACCUGAAGAAUAUGAUCGAGCUCUAUCCAGUGGUGAGAUUGCUACUUUCUUUGAUGAAAUCCCCUACGCGAAGCUCUUCCUCUCAAGAUACGGCUCCAAGUAUGCUAUGGUGGGGCCAACUUACAAGACUGCUGGAUUUGGCUUUGCAUUUCCACUAAAAUCUCCGUUGGUAUCUUAUUUUUCAAGGGCAAUCCUAAAUGUGACCCAAGAUGAAGAAAAAUUUGAGAGGAUUAGGGCCAAGUACUUCUCCAGCAAAAUCAUAUCUGAAGAUGAAAGUGGAUCAUCAAUCCCAAACAGUCAGACUAGUCUUACUGUGUCCAGCUUUGGAGGGCUUUUCAUCAUCACAGGGGUCGCUUCUGGGAUUUCACUUCUGUUCUAUUUGUUUAAGUUUGGGGACUGUCAGUCAGACGAAAGAUCUCUUUGGUUGUUGCAGUUAAAGGCUCGAAUAUUGAAGUUCCUGGAUCGAAAGGACAGCUCUUUAUCUUUGAAUGGAAGCGAUGUCAAAGUAUUCCCUGCAAGUAAUAAUAUUGUAGAGGGAGAUAGAGCCAUUACUGCCCAGAAUGAACAAGACCAGCUACCUUCUCCAGAGCAUAGUGACAGCAUUCAGCGUGCUCAUCAGUCAGCACAAGAAGAAGUAGAGAGAAAAGAAUAG